AUGGAAAACAACUCCUCUUUCCACAUUCUCACUGUCACGGCUCUGAAUGAGUGGGACUGGACCAGCAGGAUCAUAUUUUUUUCUAUUGCACUUCCAUGUUACCUUUUGACUGUUGUUCUGAAUGCCACCUUGAUUAUGAUUAUUGCUUUUGAGAAAGCUCUGCAUGAGCCGAUGUACAUUUUCUUGUGUAAUCUCUGUGUUAAUGAUCUGUGUGGAACUACGGGGUUUUAUCCCAGGGCCUUGGUGUAUUUACUCACAGAAACAAAUAGGAUUUCAUUUGAGGAAUGCAUUGUACAAGGUCUUGUCAUCGUCGUUUAUGCAGUUGGUGAAUUCACAAAUUUAAGUGUCAUGGCGGUUGAUAGAUACAUAGCGAUAUGUCGACCUUUACACUAUCAUAGUAUUAUGUCACCUUUCACUGUGCUAGGCCUGGUGACUUUUCUUUGGGCAUUUCCUUGUUUUGCAAGUCUGUUAGCCAUUUUAUUGGCUAUUAAAAACCCUAUUUGCAGAUAUGACAUAAAUAAACUUUUCUGUGAAAACCUGUCCUUGGUGAAUCUUGGAUGCAGACAAGAUAUUUCCCAAGGGAUUUUUAAUGGAUGGAUGUAUAUCAGCAUGUCUGUCUUAAUUGGUUUGGUUCUGAUUUCCUAUUUUAAAAUAAUUCUAGCUUGUAGAAAAUCUAAAGUAAAUCAAGAGAAGUUCUUCAGCACGUGUAUGCCACACUUGAUUUCCUUUCUGAACUACAUAGUCUGUUCCUUUUUUGAUUCUUCCCAGACAGAAUUAAGAACAAACACAUUGUCUCAUACUUUUUUGUCUGUUAUAUUCCUGACUAUUCCCCCUUUUGUCAAUCCUUUAAUAUAUGGUAUAAAAUUAGCUCCAAUCAGGGCAAAAAUAUUGUAUAUUUUCCGAAGUUCAAGGAUUAAAAACAUGUAG